UGUAAAGCUUGGAGUCACUCCACGGCAGUCCAGAGAGACUCUUUCUACUCAGGACAGAGAGAGAGGCAAAUCUGACAAUUACCUGGACCAAGCAGCAGAAGGCAUCUUGUCCAGCCCAAUCCCCCCAAUGCAGUUCCCACACUUUGAGAAGAGCAGACACACAGCCACCCCUGGGUCUCGAGAGCAGGACAUGGGCCCCCUUCAUGUCUCCAAAAGACACCGUAAACUGCUGAAAACCAGUCCCCCAAUCAGUCACAGCAACAGUAAUAUUUCCCCAUCCUCAAUUGCCUCAGGCUCUCUUUCCCAUGACAACCGGAAAACACUCUCUGAUAUUAUGGAAGCCCGCCGGAAACUGAUGAAGGAGAUGUGUGCUAAGUACAAAAGCAGCAUCUCCAGGACUAUCACACGUCAUCACGUGAAUAAUCUCUAUGUGGAGGACCGGUACAAGUUGUUGUACUGCCAGGUGCCAAAGGCAGGCUGUUCUAACUGGAAGAGGACCCUGAUGGUGCUGGCAGGCCAGGCCUCCAAUGUUCAAAGUAUUAAACAUGACACAGUCCACUAUGGCAACCAUCUCAAGACGCUAGACAGCUUUGACCGACAGGGAAUUAUGCACCGACUGGAAACCUACACCAAAGUUAUGUUUGUCCGAGAACCCUUGGAGAGGAUGGUGUCGGCUUAUAGGGACAAGUUUGAAAAUCCAAACAACUAUUACCACUCAUUGUUUGGUAAACCUAUAAUCUCCAAGUACAGGGUGAACCCAUCCUGGACAGCCCUGAAGACAGGCAAUGGAGUCACAUUCAAGGAGUUUGUCCAGUACCUACUUGAUGUCCACCGGCCCGUAGGAAUGGACAUUCACUGGGACCAGGCAAACCAGCUCUGCAACCCUUGUCUCAUAGACUAUGACUUCAUUGGCAAGUUUGAGAACAUGGACGAAGAGUCCAACUUUCUCUUGCGAUUGAUUGGGGCACCACCCAACCUCACGCUGCCUAGUUUUAAAGAUAGGAACCCAACUGACAAGAGGACCUCUAUGCAGAUUACACAAAAAUACUUCUCGCAAGUCAGUAAGUUGGAGAGACAGCGAGUUUAUGAUUUCUACUUCAUGGACUAUCUGAUGUUUAACUACUCCAAGCCUUUUAAUGAUUUAUACUGACUUACUCCUAUCAAAACACUUGACAGUUACAUUCCACUGUCUACAUCUCUACCAUGACAGUAACCUUAACAUAAAGAAGCUCACUCACGUUCUCAUAUGGACCUUUGCAUCUAAGCAGAGAAAUCAGAGAGAUCAAACCUCUACUGAAUUUCGCAAAGUCUGCCUUUUAUGAAUACAUUUCUAUCAGAUUAUCUUCAUUUUUAGACAGCUAUGAGAUGAAAAGGUUCAUGAUGUGAUGUUGAAAUUGUCCAGAAAUGCAAGGUAUUUAUUCACUUUUAGAAAAUGGUGAGGUAGAAUUUUAAAAUUACAAAUGUUAUGUUUCUAAAAAAAGUUUAUUGUUGUUCAACAGGCUUUAAAUUAUGCCUUACUGUGAGUCAAAUAGCAUUUGCAAAUGUGUUUUAUCAUUUAAUUCAACAUAAAUGCCACAUACAGGGACUAUUUAAUAUAGAUUCCAAUUACAUUCCUAAUUUUUAGUAUACAGUCUGUUGUAUGAGACCCUACCACCUACCUUUGGAGUAACCAUAGCACAACAUGUUAGAAUAUAGUUUCUUUAGUCUUUGAUUGACCAUAUCAUUGACUGAUAAAACAAUUUUUUCUUAAUUUGAAAUAUUUGCAUUUACUAUUUGACUUACAGCAAGAAAGGCAUCAGUAUACCUCUAUGUAUCAGUGCAUACUAAUACAGAUAUUGCAUAUAAAUGGUUUUACUAAACUUAAAGCAUAACAAAGUGAAACACUAUAAAACAGUAUAAAUCUUGAAAAUGUGUCAAGUGCUUCACACUCUGAUGCUGUGUGCACUCAUUGUAGCAUUUUUGUACUUCUAACGUUGUCUGUUGGAUUUUUGCUUUAGUCUGACACAUUCACUGCUGUAGGUCCCCAAUCACUAGAGGUACUUACUUGGGUUGUUACAUGCAGGACAUGCAGGUUCUUGCAGGGUCCAAAGUGUUGCUGCCAGUAUCUCUUAAUACAUGUUUGUGAUACUAAUCAUUCAGUUUCUCGUAAACAGCAUUGCCAACCUAAUCACAAAAAACUGUCAAAAAAAACAGCACCACAAAAACAGCUUUUUAGAUUUGGUAUUAUAAUAGACUGAUAAUGUAUGAUCUGGGUGUUUCAACGGGGAUGAGAAAAAGAGGAGAGGGCGCCCACACUUCCCCAUGUAUCAUACCAAACAUCCCUCAAACAGCUAUCACUUACAGAUCUCACACUGUCAGUAACUCUGUACCCUCUGUAUGUAUUACAUCUCUUCUACUCCACUCUAUAGGCUUUUUUUUUUACACUAAUGUGUAAAAUUGUACAAUGGGCAUUCAGAUGACUAUAUAUUUUUCUAUGUAUUUCUAAAAUAUAUAUAUAUAUAUAUAUAUUCAGUGCCUCUUGGUGAAGGUAUGUUUUUUUCCUUUUUGAUGUCAUUGAUUGUUUUUUCAGUAAUAACAGUGUAGAGUGUCAUGUAACUGAAGAGUUUUUUUUCCAAAACAAAAUAUCCAACAGCUAAAAACCACUUUCAAGACACUAAAUUACUGAAAAUAUAACAAUACCAUUCAAAAUGCUGAUUAGUCUGAUUAACGAAUAGAUACCAUUGGAUGCUUUGGAGGUAACAAACAUAUUUUUGGAUAUACAAAAUUUUGGAAAUCAGCUCUUUAAUUACUUAUCCCCGAUCUGUUUGGUCUCUCAUUAGGAUAGUAGACCGUGUAAAGAUGAGCUGCAUUGCACCUAGUUACUAAUCCUGGCUAAUGACAUCUUUACCCAUAGCAACCCCACUAAGUGUGCCUGUAUGUGCCUGUGUGUGUGUGUGUGUGUGUGUGUGUGUGUGUGUGUGUGUGUGUGUGUGUGUGUGUGAUACUGAUUAAGCUGUUUUGAUGUUUUACAAUCUUUUUUCCCCCACAUAUUCCCAACACAUCACCCAGCUAGCACUGAAGUCAUAAACCUUUCUUCUUCAGUACCACCUGAUUCAGGUCAGACCGCAUAACAAUGGCCACUGGAAACUGCACAGAGACCGGCAAUUCCUGAGCAUUCAAAUUUAAACAAUGUUAAAUUAGGGAUCUAUCACAACCCUUUAUUAGAUUAAAUAUGUCUAAGAUACUGUUAAGUAUGAUUGAAUAUAUGGUAAAACGACACAGAACCAAUCAGCAAACUAAUUAUUAACUGUAAAUCUUCAAGGCUAUACUGACUGAAGGUAUCCCCAAAUGAAAGAGUGAAAGAGUUUGUAUCCUCUUGGGUCAGUUUAUGCUCACUGUAGAGGGAGUGCAAUAAAGACACAAUUAAAUAUGAUGAUUAUGAUACCAAAGUAAUAAAUAGAAAUACCCUGAUCACACAAAAUACAACGUAAGAUAACACAUUUGUCUACAAUCAAAGUGGGUAACAGUGUACUUUUUUAUGAGGCCACGAUGCAAAGAUGAACUUGAUCUCCUGUGAUGCUGGUCUCCUAAGUAGCAGUUACUAUUCAGCUCUCUGCUUUGCAGCUCACUGAAAGUGUGUUUUAUGUGACAAAAUACUUCAUAAAGCGAUGUAUUUGCCUAUGAGUAAAGGGAAAUUUAUAUUAUUUAAAUAUAUACACACUAUAAUCAACUUUUGAAGAGUUUUGAGAAUUUAAGUGGUAUUACACUUUCACGGUGAAGGUAAUUGUAUGAACUUUUGUCAGUAUAGUGUGUUGGCUUUUGCAAUUCCAAAAUCUUCUAGAUUGUGGUCUGAUUCUUUGUAGGUAUAGCUAAUCUCUGUCCAAACAGUUAUUGCAUUAUGAUGAGUAGUACUCGCCCCCCAGCUAAUUAAGCUUUCUUGGUAUGUGGGCGUAUGGACAGACUACAGUAACAAGUGAAUGUAUAACUGUUCAUCAUUGGUGCAAAAGUGUGUAGAACAUGUUCUUAAGCCCUUUGCCUUAUUUUACACUGCCAAAUCAAAUGGUGUAUUUCAGGAAGACAUUCUUCAGGUGGUCAUUAUUGCUGGCUGAUGAGUGUCUACUAAUAAAUUGUCUUUAGCAUUUUCA